AUGUCAACGGAAAGGCCAAGAAAUAGAUGAACGUUUUGGCGAGAAAAGGCGCGAGAACCUCGAAACCCUAGGCUCAGUUAAACGACCUCAAUCAGCAAAGAACACUGUAAACGGCAAACUUAAUAGAAAUGCUCGAGGUCUAAAGGGUGUCGCAUAUGAAAAAGCCCAAACUCUAUAUCUUGAGAGCAUCGAAGUUGAAGCCGAUGAUAGUGAUGAUGAUAUCGAGAAUCUAGUGAAGGAACAUGUGAAAUAUCUCGGCAUACGCAUUAUGAAAUUAUAUGUCGUUCGUAACCGUUACUCGGAGUACAGAGUAGGUGUAAAACUGAUUGUGCCCGAAACAUCAGUAACCAAAGCAAUGGACCCGGAUGUGUGGCCGCAUCCAAUCACAUGCCGUAGAUGGGAGCGCAGAUCGAAUUCUUAUGGACGAAGAAUCCCAAGUCACGUCACAUAUAGAUCCAGACAGCGACAGAUAGAUGAAGACGACUUCCCUCCUUACGACAAUGAAUCGAACGACGGAAAUGACUCUGAUUUCCACAAAAACCUAUGCGAAGCAACAAGAGACUACGUUAACAGAAACUUCAACCUGAGAGCAACAGGUUACAAUCAGCGG